UUGUUUGCUUGUGUAAAGCUUGGAUCUUUUGGUUUCUUCAAUGGCGAAUGUAGAUGCUGAUUUCAGAACAUCACGGUCUAAUGAUGAUCAAUUGUACACGGAGCUAUGGAAAGCUUGUGCAGGUCCACUUGUGGAAGUUCCUCGUUCUGAUGAAAGAGUUUUUUACUUCCCUCAAGGUCACAUGGAACAAUUGGUGGCUUCUACUAAUCAAGGAGUUGUUGAUCAAGAGAUACCAGUGUUUAAUCUUCCUCCAAAGAUACUUUGUCGAGUUCUUAGUGUUAUGUUAAAAGCAGAGCAUGAGACAGAUGAGGUUUAUGCUCAGAUCACAUUACAACCAGAAGAAGAUCAAAGUGAACCCACAAGUCUUGAUGCACCUUUGGUCGAACCAGCUAAACCAACAGUUGAUUCGUUUGUGAAGAUUCUAACAGCUUCUGAUACAAGCACUCAUGGUGGAUUCUCUGUUCUUCGUAAACACGCCACUGAGUGUUUACCUUCACUUGAUAUGACACAACCUACACCGACUCAAGAACUUGUAGCUAGAGACCUUCAUGGCUAUGAAUGGAGGUUUAAGCAUAUAUUUAGAGGGCAACCAAGGAGGCAUUUACUUACAACGGGUUGGAGUACAUUUGUAACCUCGAAAAGACUUGUAGCUGGAGAUGCAUUUGUGUUCUUGAGGGGUGAAACCGGGGAUUUACGAGUUGGUGUGAGACGUUUAGCUAAGCAGCAAAGCACGAUGCCCGCAUCAGUUAUUUCGAGUCAGAGUAUGCGUUUGGGAGUUCUUGCUACAGCUUCUCAUGCUGUUAACACAACAACUAUAUUUGUUGUCUUCUAUAAACCAAGGAUAAGCCAAUUUAUAAUCAGUGUGAACAAGUAUAUGGUGGCGAUGAAGAACGGGUUUUCUCUCGGUAUGCGAUUUAGGAUGAGAUUCGAAGGAGAAGAGUCUCCUGAGAGAAUAUUUACAGGUACGAUUAUUGGUAGUGGAGAUCUAUCUUCUCAAUGGCCAGCUUCCAAAUGGAGGUCAUUGCAGAUCCAAUGGGACGAGCCAUCUUCUAUUCAGAGACCAAACAAGGUCUCACCGUGGGAGAUCGAGCCUUUCUCACCAUCUGCGCUUACCCCGACGCCUACUCAACAACAAUCAAAGUCCAAACGGUCCAGGCCCAUUGGUUCAUCAAUUUCAGAAAUCACAGGGAGUCCCGUAGCUUCUAAUUUCUUGAGUAGCUUCCCGCAGAGCCACGAGUCUAAUCCAUCAGUCAAAUUGUUGUUUCACGAUAUAGCAACCGAGAGAAACUCAAACAAAUCAGUGUUUUCAAGUGGAUUACAAUGCAAGAAAACCGAGGCUCCGGUCACAAGUUGUUGUAGGUUAUUCGGAUUCGAUCUCACGAGCAAGCCUGCUUCUGCUCCAAUUCCUCCUAACAAGCAACUAAUAAGUGUGGAUUCAAAUAUCUCUGAUUCUACCCCCAAGUGUCAAGAUCCUAACUCCUCGAACUCACCAAAAGAGCAGAAACAACAAACAUCCACAAGAAGCCGAAUUAAGGUGCAAAUGCAAGGAACAGCUGUUGGGCGCGCGGUUGAUUUAACAUUGUUGAGAUCAUACGAUGAGUUAAUCAAAGAGCUAGAGAAAAUGUUUGAGAUUGAAGGAGAACUUAGUCCUAAAGACAAAUGGGCUAUCGUGUUUACAGACGAUGAAGGAGAUAUGAUGCUUGUAGGAGACGAUCCAUGGAAUGAGUUCUGUAAAAUGGCAAAGAAGUUAUUCAUAUAUCCGAGUGAUGAGGUCAAGAAAUUGAGCUCGAAGUCUUUAUUGCCUGAUAAAGGCACGAUCGUAAAUCUUGAAUCGGAUCAGAGGACAGUUCACGUUUAACUACCAAGUUCUUGAUUUCUUACUAUCUUGGAUUCUCUCAAGUCUCACCGAGUCCGAGAAUUAGUUGG